CUGCAUCAUUGAUACAGGCAAAAGAAACGUUACAAGGAACCUGCACCGAGCGAAUUCACGUUCAUGUUCCAAUUACAAACAAUACCGACUUGGACGGCCGCAUCGCAGGCAUUGCAGGACGCUAUUGCCGAGGCACGUGUCUCCAAUUCAGUGGCUGCGGAUAAUGGCUUGCUUCAGCAACUGCAACAAACCAAACCACUGUUGCGCAGCUUGUUAGACAAUGAACCGAAAAAUGCAGAGCACAGAACUAUGCUUCAAACUGGCAAGACUUAUAUCAACCGCGUUAUGCACAAAGUCAACGACGAGUUCACCAAACAAGCCAUUGCUCUAUCCGAUCUCCUCGACAUUAACGAAUAUGAAGCGUCGACAUUACUUUUCAAUGGAACUCGAGAAGCGGUUACUCAUCAGGAAGAUUCCAUAAGUGCAUCGAUCAAGCUCUAUUAUACCGAGCGAGGUUACCUUUUAGCCUCCAUUGACGCGAUCCUAAAGUCAGCUAAAGACGCCUCGCUUGACGAUGCCAAGCGCGAUUUCUUCCGUCAUAUUGCCAUGGAGCUUAUGGAUACAAACUAUGCUUCCAAUACGCAAACCGAAAAAUGUACCUUGGUCGGUAAACUUCUUCAAGCGAUACAGCAACUUGGUAAAGCCAUCGACGUUGCGAAAAAAGGGACGGAUACUUCCACUACUACAACGACAACAACACAGAUGGCAACGGCAUCGACGUUAUCCACUACAGCUUUCAACAGUGCUCCCGCCGCAUCACCGUCCAUCACCGUUUCUGAAGAAAUGAAAUCCUACCGACAGCAACACAUGAUCGAUGAACGCAUUCAGAUCGCUCAACUGUUAUACCAUCUCGCUUCUCUGUUUUGGUUGGACGCAAAGGAUAUUCUUGCUCUCGUCGACGAUCUCAAGAAUUUGGAUCUUGCUGAUGUUACCACGCCUUAUCUGUUGGUGGCAAUGAUAGCGUGUCUGUCCUGUUCCCAAGACAAAUUGAAUUCACACGCACCUUUACUGAAUGACCUGUCAUCUCUGCAAUCGCUCGACGGUAAAAUCAAGAACGACACCUGGAAAGUCCCAUCCAUGCAAUCGGUUUUGAUUCUGCAGUGGGUCAUAUUGAUCCAAGAAACCAUGCAUGAUCAAUCGCAGCUGAUCGAACGAUUAAAAAUGGACGAAGAGCAGCGAGAAACAUGGGUGGAUAAAGCCAUUUCUGGAAACGCGUUGGAGUUCCUGAAUCACUAUGUGCUGUAUUUCCAACAUGACAAUGUAGAUGCCUCCGAGAGUGAUCAUCAAGAAUCGAAUGCAAGCGUUGAUAUGGUGGUGGAUGGGUUAUCCACGCAUGCGACCGAUUUUCUUAAAUGUCAUGCCAGCAUCUGGGCCGAUUUUCGACAGUUUGUUAUUUACGAACUGGAGAAAAUGGCGCUCACCAUCAUUGAUGAGAUGGCCGACACCUUGCAAAAAUUAAAGUACGAAGAAGAAGACAGUAACCUGACCGUCAAAGCGCCUUUAUCAUCCAAAGUCGCUUUUGUGUCCAUGACCAGCACAGCCGAACAAUCGCACCAUUUGGAAGCCUUUUACAAUCUCCUCGCCAACGUCUAUCGUCAUCGUGUGAAUGCCGGAUCGAUUUUCUGGGAUAUCGAACGCGUUACCUUAUACCGAUUCGUGAAAUGGUCCGCGGACAUCAAGCUAGCCGCUACGGUACGUGCCUGCUACGACUUUUUCGGCUCCAUCGCGACCGGCGAUCAGUGUGCUCCGCAUGUUUUUGCCUUUUUCAAUCUGGGCACGAACAAGAAUGAUUUAGCUUCAAGCCAUUUGUUUUCGUGGGGCAAGCUGGUGAGCGCUUUGCAAUUCUAUGCUCCGUUACUAAACAAAGGAACCGACGAUGGCAUGCCUGCGAUUCUUCGGCCGGCGGAAGAAGAUCUGUUGCUCAAAUUCCUGAAUUUGUUGAAACAAGUGGUGCGCUAUUGCGUCGAAGCGCGUACGGCAUUCUGGAAUGAGCCGGAAACCAAUCUGCAACGCACUUUGAUUGAACUGCUCAACUGCCCAACUUCGUCCAAUGUACGUUCUUCUCUCUACAAUGUGUUGGCCGCCUUUUGUUCGUCGACAGGCGAAGGAAUACAUGACGUUGGACGUGCGAUCGCGCUGGAUAUCUGGGAGAUGUUGGAGCACAGCGAUUUGUUCAGCAGUCCCCGUUCGAAACUUCGCCCCAUUACGAGUGAUAACAAUUUCGUGUCUCAACAAUCGUUAAUCUAUGAAGAUGUGGAGAGCCGACCGGGUCUUGCGCAAAUGUUCAGCUUCGAAGGUCAACAUAUGGCUUACCCGCAGACAUUAUCCGUCCUUCAUCUGCUCAGUUCGGCUAUUCACACGCCAACCCGCCGUGAGGAAAUUAUGGCCAACUUUGAACCGACACCGCCUUCCAUUCCGUCGACCUUGGGUCAGACCACAAGCAUUGCUGGCGCUGGACACUUUAUUUCGGUCAUGAUAGAUACAGUCUUUUUGACGUUGAAUGAGCAAAGUUAUGUUCAUCCCCGCGAUAAAUGGCAACUGACGGAAGCCUGCUUGAAUGUCAUGGAAAACAGUGUGCUCUGUUUCGAUACCCGACCCAUCACGGAAUGGAGCAAACAGAAAAAUACGUCUCUUUCCAGUCGCCUAUCUGCCUUAUCCUUGGCCAAUAAUCCUUCCAUGGGGGCGUAUCAACAAGCCAUGGUUGUCUACCUGACACAUCCUGGUUUCGAAGUCAUCAGUCGAAUUCUUUCCGGAUCAAACCUGACGGUCAAGCUGUUUGAGAUUAUAGAGCAAGCCACCACAAGUCGCACUCUGCAUAAAAGCAAGGGAUAUUACUUGGAUCGCUGUGUCGUCCGCUGCCUGCGAAUCUUGGAUUAUGUGUUAAAGAUCCAAGACGUAUUUGGUAGUCUUCUGAUACCGUCUAUUGUGGAAGCCUCUCAGACAUUGCCCUCUGGUGAUAUCAAAAUCGGUGAUCGUCAGUUCCCAGCCUUACGAUCGUUAGCUCCUCUCGGUCAUCUCAUGUUAUACCACAAGUCGGUCCUCCCCAAGCUCGCUUGUUUGAUCAACCAUGACCAGGAAGAAGUCUGUUUCUUGAGUGCUCACAUUUUGAAGGCUUUGACCGCAUCCGAACGUCAACCUAGUGCCAAACUUGUGUCUCAAUCCGAUACGUACAUUGGUUCAACGACCAUUGGUUCCAAGAUUGCCGAGAUAUUGAAAGCUUCCCCGGAAUUAUCAAGCAUCAUCUACAGUGUCAGCGAACGCUUAGCGAUUGACGAGCCUCAAGUGGUGACGUACGAUGACUACGACUACGAUCCCAACAACAUCGCAUUUUGGUUGGCCGAGAAAACACUAACUGACACAUCUACCAAUUCCGAUACCUUUGUCCCUCGCUUGUCGACGUCGGUGCAACUUACAUUACUCGAUUUGCUGCUCCAGAAUGCUGGAAAGGAUCAGCCUUCACCUUCGCUGUCCGAUGUACUGCUUGGCCUGGAAGUGUUGGAACCGAAACCACACGUUAUUCGACAGGAAACCCGUCACCGAAGCGCUCAGUUAUUGACGUUGAACGCGCUUGUGGAUUUAAUGAAAGAAGAGGGUCAGAUUCCGCUAAUGCAAACGCAUCCUCUUUUAGCUGAAAAAUGCUUGGCUGCCAUCUAUCACAUCUGCUCAAGAGAAUCGUUUACACGCCCUGUCAUGCGCUAUCUUCGCUUCAAGGAUUUCUUCAACAAACAACUUCUCAACCGCGCUUCGCGCUUUGAAACGAACGUGACCGUGGACCAUCCUGUGGUUGGUGGCACCAUCUUAUGCAGCACUGGCGAACGAAUCACGACCGACUUUACAACUUUGCGAUCAGUCAUUUAUCAACAUUCGUGGUUGCUGAAAAUCAUCGCACUUGAGCUUCGCGUAUUUGCGGGUCAGAGCCACAUUUUGUAUGGUAAACAGGCGGACAGUGAUACGAAUAACGAAGCGGUUGAAGCACGUAGGCUCGCCAACCUAUUUACCGCGGACGAAGACGUACAACCGUUGAUGCGUAUGCUGGACAUGUUGGAUUCUUUGGAAUUCAAGUGGAUUGACGAUCUAAGCCAGUCUCUUCAGAAUUUCCAACCUGAAACUUUUGAAGGUUUCCAGAGCAAGUCUUUUGAGACGACGGAUGAUUCCGGUUGUACUAUGUAUGACAUUCGUGCUGUGUAUCAACAUUUGCGCCAGCGUCAGACUGAAAAGGAGAAGGAACCCAAUUUUACGGACGACGAUAGACUCGCUUUUGAGGACAACAUUGGCCGAGUGUUGCAGUAUUUGAUGGCCGAAAAUCACGCUCGAGAAUUGUCGCACGCCAAGAUGGAGUGCCUUCAAGGGUGGAAACAAGCAGUAAAGAUGAUAUUAACCCACAGCUUUGACUAUUUACCUUUCGAGACACGAGAAAAGAUCACCUACGACCUGCUGCACAUUUUGCUACCGAAAUUGCGAAAGUCCAAGACCUUGGCCGGAGAUAUCCUGGAAAGUCUAAGCGAGCUGGUGGUGGCCCUGCUAUCGCGUCUUCAAGAGGACAAGCGGCGCCAAUCCGUUUUACACAUGUCACCAGAUAUUGUGUUGUCGGGUUUACCCAAGGACAAAUUAUGUUCCGUCUUUGCCAGUAUCCUGGAUUGCGUGCAAACGCGUGAGACGUCGGUCAUUCUUCGCGGCAACAUGUACACAGCCAUGGUGAUGUUCUUACAAUAUGUGCAUAUGGACAACAGUAAUAACCAAGGCGCUUUAUCCGAUAUCGUGGCUGAAAUUACCCAUCUUGUCCUUUACAAAAAUCCGGAUGCUCUGGACGUUCUAUGCGCGGAUGCCACGGAUGGUUACAAUGCCUGGAAAACCACCGCCUAUGCAGCGUUGAAUACCUUGUGUACGCUCACGACCCGGGAUCGUCAAAAUGGGGUGGAAAUCUCUUCCUUCCUUGUCAAGAAAAACUUUUUGAGUUACAGUAUUGAAAUGUUGGAGCGGGAAGAUAAAGCGCUUGUAGAAAUCAUUGAUCAGCGUGACGCUUUACUUAUGCCUUUGAUGAUUUUCGAAGCCAAGUUGGCGUUCUUUUUGCGACUUGCAUUGAUAAAACAAAGUGCCGGGUUAUUAUUUGAGCGCGGUAUCAUGGAAAGAUUGGGCCAAUGCACCUUUUUGAAUCAGCAAGAAAAAUUCCAAUCUCCUCGUUAUGACUCCAGCACUUGCAAUGGUUUACAGCGCUAUGACCGUAUGCUUUUACCCGUCUUGGCGUUGGUGGUUGCACUGUGUAGCCAUCUCGCACCUUCCGAUGAAUUCCAGCUGAAAAAGAUCGAAUACUGGGUGAAGAAGCAGCCAUCCUUGGUUGUGAUCCUUCGUGACGAGCAAAACUACGUGUCGUUAACGACAUUACAAAAGCUGGAUCUCAUUUCUCUCAUUAUGUAUCGUUUGAGUUGCCGCCCUGGCUACUUUGAUGAUAUGACAACCCAAGGUCUCGAUGACUUGCACUCAGCGAUGAUCAGCUUAUGUGCCAAAUAUCUAUUGCCUGAUUUUUGGUUGCCGAAGCUUAUUCCUACUACCGAAGAAGAACACCGAUGGGCUAAACAAAUCAUCUCAGCUGCCGACGCGAAAUCCCUGCUGUCCUUGAAGGCGCAGGAGACCGUGAUGAGUAUCCAAAAGAAUCUGUUGGCAUAUGCACAGAACAAUACAUUCGCAGGUUCAGUUACAUCUCCCCUGAAACCCAUUAUAUCACAUCAUAUGGACGCCAAAGAAGUGGGUCGUGCGGCGCUUGUCAAUGCAUCGAUGCGAACCCCUUCUUUGGGCAUGCUCUUCUCGGCGUUGCGUCAUACGGCGCGCGCACUACGAGAAGUUCUUUCGCGUUACAGCAUAUUAUCCUCACAGAAAGAAAACGUUGCAUCGCUACGAUAUGAAGAAAUCCGCGAAAUCGCCAACACCGCUAUUCCCAAAGAUAUUGAUGUUAAAUACGAUCUGUUGAACCCUAACCAGCAACAACAUCUGUUAGCGACAGAGAUUGCGACGCGUUUAAAGCGCAAACGUGAACACUUGCAAAGUUUGCUAUUUAUUGCGGAGCAUCUUUUGUUGAUUGCUUGGCGACAUUUGGAGUUCUAUACGAAUCCGUCUUUGACCACGCAUCCUACUCCCAUUAGUUUCUACGAAGUGGAAACGGAUGAUUGGUUCCGCGUACCCACACAAACCACACUAUUCCGAUCCACUCCUGAAACUGCGCGUCAAGUUAAAGCGCUCAGUCCCACAACCAUUGAACCCGUGCUGGAGAAACUGCAAUCGUUGGAAUGGCCGGCAUCUUUGCCUGGGUCAUCGGGAGAGGCAAUCGCAAGUUUCUGUGAUCGAAUUCGCCGACUAUAUCAGUAAUCCAAGGCAUAUCUUGUUUCCUUUGCUGUUAUUUUAUCAUCCAUUAGUAUUAUAAACCAACUGGCGUGAUUAAAAGCAUACAGGAACUUUGCAAUUGUAUCAUACAGAGCUAAAAACCAAUUCAGUUCACCUUUUCCCCUCCUUUUCCCUUUUUCUUGCACAUACAAAAUCAGAUACAAGUCCAAAC